CUCCGGAGAGAAAAGCAGCGGAGAAGACGGGAGGGGAGGUUGAAGGAAAGAAAGAAAGAAAGAAUGGAUUGUGCGGAGAAGGGUUUGCUCCUCGUCGUAGGGGAAGAAGAAGAUGAACAAGUCAACAUGAGAGAAGGGUUUUUCCAGGAGAUGAGGAGGCUCGGUUACAUCGCCGGACCUAUGGUCGCCGUGAACUCUUCAAUGUAUUUUCUUCAAGUUAUAUCGAUCAUGAUGGUUGGUCAUCUCGGUGAGCUUUACCUCUCCAGCACCGCCAUUGCUGUUUCUUUCUGCAGCGUCACGGGUUUCAGCCUCGUCUUUGGAUUGGCUACUGCGUUGGAGACUUUAUGUGGACAAGCUAACGGAGCUAAACAGUUCGAGAAGCUUGGAGAACACACAUACACAGGGAUCUUUGCUCUGUUCAUUGUAUCCAUCCCUUUAUCUAUUCUCUGGAGUUACAUGGGUGAGAUACUCUGUUUCAUCGGACAAGAUCCUCUGGUUUCUCAAGAAGCAGGAAAGUUUGCGACUUGGCUCAUACCUGCACUCUUCGCUUACGCCACAUUACAACCGCUUGUUCGUUUUUUCCAAGCGCAGAGUCUGAUUCUGCCGUUGAUCAUGAGCUCAAUCUCUGCUCUUUGUUGCCAUGUUGUUCUCUGCUGGUGCUUGGUUUUCAAGUUUGGGCUUGGUAGCCUUGGUGCAGCUCUUGCUAUAAGUGUUUCUUAUUGGUUGAAUGUGAUUGUGCUUGGAUUGUACAUGAUGUUUUCUUCUAGCUGUAGCAAGAGCCGUGCGAAGAUCUCAAUGAAUGUGUUUAAAGGAAUGAGAGAGUUUUUUCGGUUUGGAGUCCCAUCUGCUUCUAUGAUUUGCCUUGAGUGGUGGUCUUUCGAGUUUCUUGUCAUGCUCUCUGGUAUUUUACCAAAUCCGAGGCUAGAAACCUCUGUUCUCUCAGUCUGUCUGUCCACAAUCUCUUCUUUGUACCAAAUACCAGAGAGUCUAGGCGCAGCAGCAAGUACAAGAGUUGCAAACGAGUUAGGAGCUGGGAACCCAAAGAAAGCUAGAAUGGCGGUUUACACAGUGAUGGUUAUAGCAGGAGUAGAAUCAAUACUGGUUGGUGCAAUAGUCUUUGCUGCAAGAAACGUAUUUGGUUACCUCUUCAGCUCUGAACCCGAAGUUGUGGACUACGUAAGAUCAAUGGCUCCACUGGUUGCUUUAUCGGUCAUAUUUGAUGCUCUUCACGCAGUUCUUUCUGGUGUGGCUAGAGGAUCAGGGAGGCAAGAUAUUGGAGCCUAUGUAAACCUAGCUGCAUACUAUCUCUUUGGGAUACCAACUGCUAUCUUAUUAGGUUUUAGGUUUAAGAUGAGAGGAAGAGGACUCUGGAUUGGGAUUACAGUUGGGUCAUGUGUACAAGCUAUUUUGCUAGGUCUUAUUGUCAGCCUUACUAACUGGAAACAACAGGUAAGGAAGGCUAGAGAAAGAGUGCUGGGUGAGGAGUUUGAAGAGAAAGAGAACGACGAGGAACAUGUGGCGAUGCUCAACUAAGGAAUCAAAAGACAUAUAUGCUCAGUCAAUUUGUCAUUUAAUGUUGUUUCUUUAGUACGUAGAUUUUUUUGGGAGUGAUGGGUGCAGGAUUUGAAUGUACACAUGUUACGUGCACAUGAGUUUUGGCUUCUACGUUGUUCCCCCAUACACAUGAUGAGAAGAUGUUUUUUUGGCUCC